AUGAAUUCUCAGAGUGAAUCAAUCGCCAACCUAACCAAGGUUUCUUUGACCAUUGCCAAACAUUUGUUCUCCAAACAAGAAUACAAAGAAACCAAUGUUGUGUUUUCGCCAUUAUCACUCCACAUUGUGUUGAGCAUCAUCGCUGCUGGCUCUGAAGGUCCGACACAACAACAACUUCUCUCAUUCCUCCAAUCCAAGUCCACUGAAAAUCUAAACUACUUUGCCUCUCAGCUUGUUUCCUCUGUGCUCUCUAGUGCUGCUCCCGCUGGCGGACCUCACUUGGCUUUCGUCAAUGGUAUGUGGGUUGAACAAUCACUUUCUCUUCAACCUUCCUUCCGAAAAAUUGUAGCUACUGAUUUCAAAGCCAAUAUUGCUUCAGUUGAUUUCGUUAACGAGGCUCUCGAAGCGACAGAAGAAGCAAAUUUAUGGGCUGAAAAAGAGACAAAUGGUCAUAUCAAAAAUCUACUUCCACCUGAGUCAUUUAAUAGUUUAACCAACCUUAUAUUUGCAAAUGCACUAUACUUUAAAGGAGUGUGGGAAGAGGAAUUUGAUACAUCUGAUACAAGAGACUACGAUUUUCACAUUCUUAAUGGUAGCCCGGUCAAGGUUCCUUUCAUGACCAGCUAUGUGAUGCAGUAUAUCAGUGUUCUUGAUGGUUUUAAAGUCCUUCGUCUUCCUUAUACGCAAGGUGAAGACAAACAUCGAUUCUCAAUUUACUUUUUUCUUCCUGAUGCAAAAGAUGGAUUGUUAGCUUUGAUUAAGAAGGUUGCUUCCGAAUCUAAGUUUUUGGAACAAAAGCUUCCUCGUGAAUUAGUGGAAGUUGGUGACUUCAGGAUUCCGAAAUUCAAGAUUUCUUUUGGGCUUGAAUGUUCUGAUAUGCUGAAAGAGCUAGGCGUGGUUUUACCUUUCUCUGAAGGAGCUUUGACAAAAAUGGUGGACUCUCGAAUUGCUCAAAACCUUUAUGUGUCCAACAUAUUUCACAAGUCUUUUAUUGAAGUAAACGAAGAAGGUACCGAAGCCUAUGGGGAAAGCUAUAUGGGGUUGAGUUUGUGUGAUUCUCCUCGUGACCAUACUCCGCCACCGAUAAACUUCGUAGCUGAUCACCCUUUCUUGUUUUUGAUCAGAGAAGAUUUGUCCGGAACCAUACUCUUUAUUGGGCAAGUGCUCAAUCCUCUUGACAAGUGA